AUGAAGCGGCCAAAGGGCAGCUGUAUCAGCCCUCGCUUGCCAUCCUGCUUUCGAUGGCUGCGUGAUCUCUGGGAGGAUCUGCUUCCCGCCGGGGUAACACAUUAUAAGCAAUAUCCACCUAAUACAAGCAAAGUAUAUUCCUACUUUGAAUGUCGUGAAAGGAAGACUGAGAACUCCAAAUUAAGGAAAGUGAAAUAUGAGGAAAUUGUCUUUUACGGGUUGCAGUAUAUUCUAAAUAAAUACUUAAAAGGUAAAGUGGUGACCAAAGAGAAAAUUCAGGAAGCCAAAGAGGUGUAUAGGGAGCAUUUUCAAGAUGAUGUCUUUAAUGAAAAAGGAUGGAACUAUAUUCUUGAGAAGUAUGAUGGGCAUCUUCCUAUAGAAAUAAAGGCAGUUCCCGAGGGCUCUGUCAUUCCCAGAGGACAUGUUCUCUUCACAGUAGAAAACACAGAUCCAGAGUGCUACUGGCUCACCAACUGGAUUGAGACUAUUCUUGUUCAGUCAUGGUAUCCAAUCACAGUGGCCACAAAUUCCAGAGAGCAGAAAAAAAUUUUGGCAAAAUAUUUGCUGGAGACUUCUGGCAGCUUAGAAGGACUGGAGUACAAACUGCAUGACUUUGGCUACCGAGGAGUUUCUUCGCAAGAGACCGCAGGAAUAGGAGCAUCAGCUCAUUUGGUCAACUUUAAAGGAACCGACACAGUAGCAGGAAUUGCUUUAAUCAAAAAGUACUAUGGAACAAAAGACCCAGUUCCAGGAUAUUCUGUUCCAGCUGCUGAACACAGUACCAUUACAGCUUGGGGGAAAGAUCAUGAAAAAGAUGCUUUUGAACACAUAGUAACACAGUUUUCUUCAGUGCCUGUAUCUGUAGUCAGCGACAGCUAUGACAUCUACAAUGCUUGUGAGAAAAUAUGGGGGGAAGACUUGAGGCAUUUAAUUGAAUCCAGAAGUCCAGAGGCACCAUUGAUUAUUAGACCAGACUCUGGAAAUCCUCUUGACACUGUGUUAAAGGUUUUGGAGAUCUUGGGGAAGAAGUUCCCUAGUGUAGAAAAUUCAAAAGGCUACAAGGUGUUGCCACCUUAUAUCCGAGUUAUUCAGGGAGAUGGCGUGGAUAUCAACACACUGCAAGAGAUUGUGGAGGGAAUGAAGGAGAAUAAAUGGAGUAUUGAAAAUAUUGCCUUUGGAUCUGGCGGAGCUUUGUUGCAGAAAUUAACUAGAGAUCUCUUGAAUUGUUCGUUCAAAUGCAGUUAUGUGGUGACCAAUGGCCUUGGGGUGAAUGUCUUCAAGGAUCCAGUUGCUGAUCCUAACAAAAGGUCAAAGAAGGGCAGAUUAUCGCUACAUAGGAAGCCUACAGGAAAUUAUGUUACUUUAGAGGAAGGCAAGGGAGAUCUUGAAGAAUAUGGGCAGGAUCUCCUUCAUACGGUCUUCAAGAAUGGAAAGGUUACAAAGUCUUAUUCGUUCGAUGAAGUAAGACACAAUGCCAGACUGAAUAACAGUGAACUACAAGGGACACCUCAUUAAGUUUCAUUCCACGUCUGUGUGUGGUGUGUAACAAGUAUGUACUGCAUAGCUAAUGGGUUUAUUGUACAGAUCUGUGUGUUUGUGUUUUACGAUACAUUGCAGCCAAAUUAUUUGUUGGUUUAUGGACAUACUGCCCUAUUUUUUUGCCAGUCCUUAGAAAAGAUGCAAUCAGGAAAUGGUACUUACGUUGUCAAACAUUCAGUGCUGAAGUGUGCUUUUUUUUUUAGGGCCCUUUGCCAGUAGUGGUUCAAUCUGGUAUUGAUCUUUUCACAAAGGAGACGGAGCUGAGAAACUUUUUUAUAUAUAACAGAAUACCACAAAAUGGAUUUACAUAAAAUUCUCAUGAUUGCUUUAUGUUUAUAUUUAACUUGUAUUUUUGUACAAACAAGAUUGUGUAAAAUAUAUUUAAAAUUUCAAUAAUUAAGUCUUUCCAACUUUUCAUGAUUUUUAUGAGCACAGACUUUCAAGAAAAUAUUUGGGGGGAGGGGGAAUCCAUUGCCUCUUGUCCAUUAAUCAGCAAAUAAAACAUGGCCUUAAAAAUUUGUUGUGACAUUGUACCAUUUGAAAGUUAAAUCAGGACUUGUAGCUUCUUAAGACCCCAUAGAACUGCUGACCUCACUGUUUCUUGUAGUUAUCUGUAUUAAUCAUUCUCCAUUAAGGAAAAUUUACUGUUCUUACUAGAAGGUUUAGGUACUACAAAUCUAUAGGCCUUGCCAGUAAGGUAUAUAAAGGGAAUGCCAAAUUUGAAAGAAUUCUCUUCUGCAACUUACCUUGCCAAGUGUAACCCACUUGGCUUAUGCACCUCAAUAUUUUAAGAGUAAUGUUUUUAAGAGCUCUCCUCUUCUACUAUAAAAUAUACAGAUAAAUGUGGAAGUGGUGUAUUUUAAAAUAAUUACACAUCUGGGUUUAUUUUUCAUAGACUGUAAGUGACACGACUUUAAAAUUAAAUACUGGACUGGGUAGUGCACUCUUUUAUUUUUUGUAUUUCUUCAUUCAUUUGCCUUUUUGUCAGACUGGAUGGGUAUGUUGUACAAAUGUUUAACUAGUUUUAUUCAAGCUGUUUAACAAAAAAUUACAUGAGCCAAAACUUCUACAUGAUACCAGACACAACCCUAUGUGAGGGUUACGAUGCAGAGGGUGACUGAUAACUAAAGGUAUGAAAGGUACAUUUUGGAUGACUGCAUUUGAUAGUGUUCACUCUCUGCAGAAACUAGGUUGCCUACAGGAGAAAAAGAUUGUCUAAUUUUGUAUGAUGAACUAUAGUGAGCGUGCAUAUGUUUUGACAGUGUUGCAAGGUAGCUUUUAUGAGGAAGAAAAAUGGUUGGUUUUCCUUAUGUUUAAUGAGUGACUAUAAAUCACUGAUUGUUGUACAGAUGUUGCAUUUUUUUUCUAACACAGUAGCAGAUAAUCUCACAAGGCAGGAUGUCAGAACUAUUCUAAACCCUAACCAAAAUCAACAAAAUGGUAUUGCAAAACACUUGUUUCUGUAAAGGAUGCUUGAAAAGCCAUACUUCGUUUUUCUCACCAAAAAGGGCCACAGAAUACUUGUAACAAGUAACAUUGUGUUUCCAGGGGGUUUGUAGUAAGACGUUUGUGCCCAGUCUUAAUGGUUUUGCUUACUAAAAAUGAUUUUUCCACUCUUACUGUAUGUGAUCAUACGUUUAAGUGAUGUAUCUAGAAACACUGGCCUUUCACAUCAAGGAACUGCCUUCCUGUUGCUGUUUAAACAUUUGUUCUUGGUGAAGAAGGAUGUAUCAAAUCCAGAGAUAUGAUUAAUAAGUUAAAUAGAACAGACUAUUUCACUCAUUCAUUUGAUAUGUAUUAGGAAUUUUAUGAUGUAUGGUUUAAAGAAAUAAAGUAAAAUGCUGCUUUCAUUCUGUACCAAUAAAGAUUUUGAUAACUAUUGACUACCCAUAAUUGAUAUUUUUGUAUUUAGGAACUGGGGAUACGCUGUGGAAGCACUGUGUUCUUGUGUACUGCAAGAUACAUGAGUGAUUUGUUUGGUAUUAUGUCUAGCGUAAGUUUAUUUGGAAACUCUCACCUAAACUGUGUAUGUCACUAUCAGAAACUUGUCAUCCUUUUUUUUUUUUUUUUUUUUUUUUUUAAGUUAGUAUUUUAAAGCCACCUGGUGCUAGUCAAUCCUGAACUCAUGCCUCCCAAGUGUUUAGUGUUUGGCAAUUAAAACCUAGGCAUCAAGGGAUCGAUAUUGAUGUCAAAUAUAACUUACUGCAGUGCUUGAAUCUUACAAUAUCCUAAUUCUUCCAUACAGAAGCAAACAGCAUGUUUGGGUUUGCUUUAAAUAAUUAGAUUUUUAGCCAUCAAUAUAUUUUAAUUAUCCUCCAUUUCAUAAUAUAGACAGUAUUUAUAUUUAAAAAUAGGAGUUGGGAGUUUUGUGUUAAUACUCUAAAUAAUUUAUUUGUAACCAGUAUCUAGCAUAAGAAAUGGAUUUUAUAUGCCUAUUUUUUCCUGAGAUGUGUGGUUAUGAAACUGAUGCUAAAUCUUUUUAUAAGAAGAUUCAUCUUGAAAGAUCUGAGGAGAAAAUAGAAAAAUAUUUAUUGUUCUGUUUUGCCAAAAUUCAAAAAAGUUUUAAAUGGUUUUUCUAUAGUUUUACAUUCCUCCUUAACCUGUUGAGUGGAGAGUAAACACUCUUCACUGAAAUCUUAUGUUAAAAUAAUCUAAUGUACUUGGCAUCAAAUACAAAUGUGUAAUAAACAUGGAAAUAAAGUUUUAGUUCUGGUAGUGAAA